GACUGAAUGCUGUGGCGCUUUCACACAGUCCCCGCCUCGAAGAAUCCCCAGCCCGGGGCUUCUGACUCUUGCAGCGCCUUAACUCCUCCCUCCUCCUCCCUUUGCCCCUCCCACUUUCCCCUCCCUUCACCCUCCUCCCUCUCAGACUCGCCUUUGACGGGAAAUCGAAAGUGAAAUAAGGAGCCAGCUGCUGAGUCCUCUGAAGAGAUCUCCCCAGUGCUGCUUAAUAGGUACAUUACCCCCAUGGCCUCAGCAGCGCCCUUGGCGAUGAUGUGGGAGGAGGUCACGUGCCCUAUCUGCCUGGAUACCAUGGUGGAGCCCGUGAACAUUGAAUGUGGUCACAGCUUCUGCCGAGAAUGCAUCUCUGAGGUUGGGAAAAAUGGGGGCAGCGUCUGUCCAGUGUGCCGGCUCCGCUUCCUGCUCAGGAACCUCCGGCCCAAUAGGCAGUUGGCCAACGUAGUGGACAACCUUAAACAAAUGAGCCAGGGUGCCAAGGAGGGCACACAGGGAGAGCUGUGUGCGGUGCACAGAGAGAGACUUCACCUGUUCUGCGAGGCAGAUGGGAAGGCCCUUUGCUGGGUGUGUUCCCAAUCCCGGAAACACCGUGACCACCCCAUGGUCCCUGUGGAGGAGGCUGCUCGUGAGUACCAGGAGAAGCUCCAGGUGGCAUUAGAGAAACUAAAAAAUGGGCAGCAGUUGGCUGAGAAGUUGGAAGUGGAUGUUUCAAUGAAGAGAGCAGCCUGGAAGGGGAAGGUUGAGGCACACAAAUUGAGGAUUCAUGAAGAGUUUGUGAGGCAGAAAAACUUCCUGGCAGAAGAGGAGCAGAGGCAACUGCAGAAGCUGGAGGAGGAUGAGAGGGAACAGCUGAGAGUCCUGGGGGCGACAGAGGCCAGGCUGGCCCAGCAGAGCCAGAUCCUGCAGGAGCUGAUCACAGAGCUGCAGAGGAGGAGUCGGGGCUCAGCGCUGGAGCUGCUGCAGGAGGUGAAAAGUGUCCUGGAAAGGAGUGAGAACUGGAACCUGGAGAAGCUAGACAUUGUCUCCCCAGACAUAGAGAGUGUGUGCUGUGUGCCCGGGCUGAAAAAGAUGCUGAGGAUGCAUGGUGGUGAGGCCAGCACCAGGGCUGUGGGUCUGACCUGCUGGGGAGCAGAAGGGGAUAAUGAGGUACACAUCACACUGGAUCCAUGUACAGCCAACCCAUGGCUCAUCCUUUCAGAGAAUCGGAGAGAAGUGAGGUUUGGAGACAUCCAGCAGAAGGUGCCUGAAAAUGAGGAAAGAUUUGAUACUUACCCCAUGGUCCUGGGUUUCCAGUGCUUUGACUCCGGAAAACUUUACUGGGAGGUAGAUGUGACAGGAAAGGAGGCCUGGGACCUGGGGGUCUGUAGAGACUCUGUGCGGAGGAAGGGGCAUUUUAUGCUCAACCCCAGCAAUGGCUUCUGGACAAUCUGGCUAUGGAACAAACAUAAGUAUGAAGCUGGCACCUGCCCCUCUACUCCCCUCCACCUUCAGGUGCCUCCAUGCCGAGUUGGGGUCUUUCUGGACUAUGAGGCCAGCACUGUCUCCUUCUACAAUAUCACUGACCACGGCUCCCUCAUCUACACCUUCUCUGAAUGUGCCUUCGCUGGACCUUUAAGGCCCUUCUUCAAUCCUGGUUUCAAUGAUGGAGGAAAAAAUGCGGCCCCUCUGAUCCUCUGUCCCCUGAGGAUGGGCUGAUAGGGACCCAGAGACUGUCAAUGGCUCUCUCUGGACACCAACACACCUCUAUUGGUUCCCCUUCUCAGCCACUAGCCCUGCCUCAUUUGCCCAUGACCUCUGAACCAUCUUUUUCUCUGCAGAGGUGUCAGGAUGCCAGCCAGCCAACUUUAGCAGGGAGAUCACUGGAAUUCUAUGUCAAAUGACCUUCACCACCAAUAUUCCUGCCCUACACUGCUUUAUGACUCCCUCCAUGAAACAUGCUACUUGUAGAUAGCCCCCAAACCCAUCUGGAUCAAUAAAAACAUGCUUCUGCCGUUUUUAUGCGACUCAAGUUUUGUUUUCUCCAUCUCUAGGCCUUUGGUCAGAUCUCUACUCUAUAUCUUGCAAAGGACUUCCUAAAUAAACUGGGCCUCAACCUG